CGUGCCGUUCGCCGAUUAGUCCGCUCGUUUGUAAGCGUUGUUUUGUCAUUUUCUACAUUUUAUUGUUAUCUAUAGAAAGAAAUUAGCGAGCCGUGCACGAGCGCGCGCCAACACUUUCCUUCCGGUCACGAGUAAACGCCGAAGAAAACGAUAUCUCGCGCCUCGUCGCCCUUAUCGCCGGACAAGUCUCUCGAUCGGACAUAACCGUUGUAUCGAUCCGAGACACCGCUCUCUAGCUUGCCCGCCCAUCACGGUACAUGUACUGGCAGUGAAUAUCGGAACGCAGCCUCGGUGUAAGGUGCACGGAGAAGCAGAUAACGUAUAACAUAUAACAGAAUUACAUCUUGCAGCAGAAGCGAUUGGUAAGAAAGAUGGAAUGCGCUUUGAAGCACGCGCCAACUGCAUGUGCGAUGAACCGUAACUCCGGGCUCCUAAAACAGAGGAGCUUCUUGUCAUGAAAAAAAAAUAUAAUGCUCCGUCGAAUGUCGUUGUCGCUCCGCAUCAACGUGGGCUUCCUUCGCAGUGCUGGCCACGGAGCAGACCGCCAAUGUCUUGCAGAGGAGCUGCCGCUGUCGCCGCUUUCAUGUCGAGACGACAAAGUCGCGAGAGAAUCUGCUCCGAGGGCGAAGGAACGGAAUGUAUGCCCGUCGAUACACUUUUUGCUUCGUCGAGAACAGAAGAGAUUGGUAGAAAGGAUCGAAGAAUUAAGAGGAAUGAGAAUUGGCAUCAAACAUCAGCCGAGAAGAACAUUGAUGUCGAGACGGUAGCUAGCGAUUUUGAAAAAUGGCUAAAAAUGCGCAGCACGGAGCCAUCGGUACCAUCGAGUAUGGACAUGGAUGCAACCAAGGUGGUGGAAGGCGUAGACCGAUAUCUGGGAGAAGAGAUACUGUCACACGGUUGCUUUCUGGGCAAAGAUCCAUAUGGUUUGUCUCUCGACAUCGAUCUAACGGAUACCAAGAAGCUCAAUUUAUCAUCAGGGUACGAUGCAAUAUUACAAGAUCUAACGCACGGCGAAAAUCGGCUAUUAGAGCCGCCGUGCGAGAAGGUCGUCGACGAGUUUAUGUUGCCAGAGUUUCAAUUAGAUCAUUUGGAUCCAUUGACAGCGCUCUCGCCCGACGAUAUGAUGGUGGCCGGUGAAAUUCUGCCAUCCACGAGCAGUCAGCCAACGCUGAACGUAGAAAAUCAACAUGUAGAACAAAACGCACCAAAAAUAAAAAAUCUAGGGCAGGACAGUGAGAUAUCCUGUGAGAAAUCCACACAGGUUACUCUCAAUGAGCUACCGGUGAAUAUAACGGUUCUACACGAGAUGGAAAACAUAAAAUCUAUGCAGGAAACUAUAAUACAACCUUCAGAACAAAAUUCCUCGGAGCUUUUCAUUGGAACUAUACCGACAAUGGAAGAAAAUUUGUCAAAUACCAUAAAUUCUAUGGAAACAGAAACUCAAAAUGUCAUAAUAGAACAGUUGAAACCCAAAUCUAAAGCGAAACUUGUACCUCGUAUUAUCAAAAAACGUCGCAAGAUGACGGAGCGAAUGGAGAAGAAACUUGACAAGCAUAUCAACAGUAAAAGCUUUGCCGUUGAUGCAAAUUCGCAGGAUGGCAUGAUGGCUUUGGUUGCUAUAUCUACCGAUAAGAUCUCCAACACGACACAGAUCGUUAUCAAUACUGGCACAGAAAAGCAAGUUUAUCAGGGUAAGACUUCGGAAUUGAUUGAAGCUACAGGCAAUUUCCCUAAAUUACCUAAAAUAGACACUUCUGCUGCGGCUUGGAAUAGCUCGGUUGAAUACGGCAUUGACAGCAAUCCAAGUAGUCAAUAUGAAAUUUUUAUAUCCAAUGCAUUGGAGGAACUAGGCAUUACCGAUGAUAGUCUACAGCCCUUGUGUGCCACCGAAAAUGACAAGGUCUGGCUCUGUCCACGAGAUGGUUGCAAUAGACAGUUUGGCAGAUUGUAUACACUAAAAGGUCACUUGUUGGCUCAUUAUGGAGUUAGGCCAUUUAAGUGCGAUUUUGAAGGCUGCACUUGGGCCUUUUAUUCCGAGUUCAAAUUGAAAAGGCACAAAGAGACUCAUUUGAAGCGCAAGGAUUAUGUGUGCGAAGUAGAGGGUUGUAACCGUCGUUUUACCACUGUCUACAAUUUAUGGAGCCACGCGAAGUUACACAAUCGUCCUAAUCGAAUUGUCUGUCAGGUGCCAGAUUGCAACGAAAAGUUUCAAACAAAACGUGCAUUGGAGUUACACAUGAAGUCGCACGAUCAGCGCCACGCACCUUACGUGUGUCAGCACGAGGGUUGCGGCAAGCGUUAUUAUAGCAGCAACGCAUUGACAUCGCAUCAGCGAUCGCAUAGCUACAAAGAAGUGGACAUCAAAUGCUCAUGGUUAGGCUGCGGCAAAAUUUUCGAUAAACCAUGCCGACUCAAGGCCCACAUGCGUUCCCAUACCGGUCACAAACCUUAUCCCUGCACUUUCCAGGAUUGCAAGUGGGCUUUCUCAUCGUCCAGCAAGCUCAAACGUCACCAGAAGAAACAUACGAACGAGCGUAAAUUUGUAUGCGAUGUGCCGGAUUGUGGUAAAGCGUUUAUGCGUUCGGAGCACCUGAAGGAACAUCGGUUGACGCACACAGAAGGUCGUUUCUUUCAGUGCUUUGUAUGCGCUGCCCGAUUCUCUGCCAAGAGUAGCUUAUACGUGCACAUUAAGAAGCAUCAGCAAAUCAAACCAGAUCUGAAUAUAAAUGGUAUAUCUCAAUGCACCUCUAGUGAUCAAAAACGCACGAGAACGAAAGAUUCUCGUUGUUCGCGAGUAAAGCCCAUUGUUGAGUCGGACCAACAAAAUGCAGAAUUAAUUAACGCCACAGAGAGUAUUAUGAAAGAGAACGGCGUUGAGCAGAAUGCUUAUCUGAUGGAUGAAGAUCAACUGGAAUGGUUGUACCGUUGUCCGGUAGAUGUAUGCGGGCAUUUGAUGAAUAGCGAGAAGAAUCUUCGUGAGCAUAUGCUGAAAACACACGACAUACAUUGCGAUGAUUUACUAUCUAAACCGUCUUCGGACAACACCGAUAUAGAUUACGUUUUGUAUACCGUGCAUAGAUCAUCCGCGAAUUCGCCUACUGCCAUUGAGGAAGAACAAAUGGUCAUGGUGACUCCAUGCGAUGCCGUUAUCCUUGAUGCCUCCCCAUCAGAAACAGAUCAUUGUCUGCCAGAAUCGUCACCUUUCAACACUUUGCCGAAGAGUUCGGAAACGUCCCAAAACAAUGUGGAAACUGACAAGGAAACUAUAUCGAUGAAAGAACAAGGCUCGGCAAGGACAGAUCUAACAUAUUCUGAUUGGUCUAGGCUAAAGGAGAACGGUACGCUGGUGAAUCCGAUAGUGACUGAGACGUCGGACAUUAUGACAUUGGACACGAAUGGUGAUUUGAAUGAGGGUCUGUUAUUUACAGAGGAAUUGCCAUCGAUGUAUUAUCAGGACGAUGUGGCAGGUACAGAAUAUCAAGUGCUGUUAUUAGAUUCAAGUCCGCUCGAAAGUGCUGGCAAUUUACGUGGUCUCGAGUGACAUUCGUAAUGAACGCAAGUGAUGAUUUCCACCACCAUAGUCUCGAAUAAUUUUCGUGAUAGAGUGCUCUCGACCAAGUGAUGAUCGUAUGAUUAUUUUGGACAUGGCAAUGUGAUGAUUAUUUUAAACAUAGCUUAAGAGUGGCAUAAUAGUUCCGAAUAAUGAUCGUUAUCAAACAUAGCUUUUGUGGUAACUAAUACGAUCUGUGAUCCAGGAACUGGCCUCAGCCUGAUAUUCAUUUGUAUUGUGCGGCCCAUAAUAGCUUUAAAACGUUAUUUUAUUAAUAAAUCGUUGAUAUUUUUCCAUAAAAAAAAUCGUUAUCUGUGUAUUUCAUUGCUAUUGCUAUCCGAUUAUGAUGCGCGCUUUAAAGUCAUGUAUCGUUUAUAAAUAAUUUAUUUAUUUACUUUUUCAUGUUUUAAUUUAUAUUUUUUUAUAAAACACGCACACACACAGAUACACUUUCGCGUUUGUUGAUUGAUACAAUUCAAUGUCACGUUGCAAAAAGUCUGCCAUUUAAUAUUUUUUUUUUCUAAAAUAACAGACUAUUUCAUGAUAAUUACAGCAAGUUAUAUAAUAGAAAAAGUGCAAUGUAUAAAAGGAUAGAUAUGCAUACAAUUUAAAGAGCAAUUCUUCAUUAUUUUACGCUAUGGAUUUAUAUACAAUCUAUAUUUUAUUAAUAGCAGAAAAGGUAUUUAGCUAUUACAAUCAAUUAACUGCAAUUGGCUGCAUACACAAUAAUCAUAUGGCAUACAAUCACACGCAUUAAUAAGAUAGAAGUUUAGCUAGAUAGGAACUCUCUGAGAAAUAUACGAACAGCUAGCUUGAGCUUUAUAAAUAAAUAAAUCUCCGUUGUUAAAUAAAAUUAUGGUAUUAAUGUC